AUGCCCAUCCCAUGCCUUUCUUGGUUGGACCAACCCAACCGGCGAUUUCCGUCUUCCUUCAUUGGGAGAGCAAGAACAAGUCUCUCUUUUUUUGGGGGGGGAGCAGAGCAGUCAAAGAAGAAAGCAAAGAAAAUGAUUGUUCUCAAAUGGCUAUUCCUCACAAUUGCUCCUUGUGAUGCAGCGGAACCAUGGCAAUUAGGAUCUCAAGACGCAGCAACACCUAUGAUGCAAGGAAUAAUAGACUUACAUCACGAUAUCUUUUUCUUCCUCAUUCUGAUUUUUGUUUUCGUAUCACGGAUCUUGGUUCGCGCUUUAUGGCAUUUCCACUAUUCAAAAAAGAAAAUACCGCAAAGGAUUGUUCAUGGAACUACUAUCGAGAUUCUUUGGACCAUUUUUCCUAGUAUCAUUCCGAUGUUCAUUGCUAUACCAUCCUUUGCUCUCUUAUACUCAAUGGACGAGGUAGUAGUAGAUCCAGCCAUGACUAUCAAAGCUAUUGGACAUCAAUGGUAUCGGACUUAUGAGUAUUCUGACUAUAACAGUUCCGAUGAACAGUCACUCACUUUUGACAGUUAUACGAUUCCAGAAGAUGAUCUAGAAUUGGGUCAAUCACGUUUAUUAGAAGUGGACAAUAGAGUGGUUCUACCAGCCAAAACUCAUCUACGUAUUAUUGUAACACCUGCUGAUGUACCUCAUAGUUGGGCUGUACCUUCCUCAGGUGUCAAAUGUGAUGCUGUACCUGGUCGUUUAAAUCAGAUCUCCAUUUUGGUACAACGAGAAGGAGUUUACUAUGGUCAGUGCAGUGAGAUUUGUGGAACUAAUCAUGCCUUUACGCCUAUCGUCGUAGAAGCAGUUCCUAGGAAAGAUUAUGGUUCUCGGGUAUCCAAUCAAUUAAUCCCUGGGGAAGCUUAAGUGGAAAUGAAAGAAAGAAUAUCUCAGUGAGGGAAAAGGAGGGAGACCACUCAAUUUCAGGCUGAACUCGCUCGCUCUAACGCUUCUUUAGUAGACAAGGAGUUCCGUGCAUAAGCCCCUUUAGAGAGAGGGGGGAGUCCUACACGAACUCGUAAGUCAAGUACUAGACGAGCCUUGUCUACGAAGCAGAGCGCCCUCGUCUUGCUUUUGGCGAAGCUUAACGAAAACGAUAAUAGGAAUUUUUUGAUGGUAGGAAUAAAGAAGACUAUACUACUUUUUAGGCCGACCACAAUACAAGUCAUGAGCGAUAGCGAAGCCAAGCCGUAUAAAGGCGAGCAGCCCUUAUAGCAAUAGCAAACGGCCUACUUAUAGCCCGCCCG